GAGAGCUGCAGGGAGCUAGCUGGUGGGCUUUGGUAGGAAGUUUGGGGUCAGAAAAAGCCUUCCUGUAGGUAUUCUUUUACAGGUAGGCAGCUGGUGGCAGGAAGUGCUGGAGACUCUCUGCAGUGGGCAGAAACAUGGAUGCAUUGUGAGCCUGGGAAGGGGUAUGAGACAGGCUGAGAACAACCUUUCCUUGAAAACAAAACAACCCUUCUUUGCAAAGGAAAAGGUUAAUUUUACUUCCAGUCCUGAUGUUAAACACAGAACUGAGGACCUUUUGCACAAAUGGACACAAUGUGGAGGAGAGAGAGGACAGAAAAGGGUAUUCAUCAAGGUUUGAACCCAGGAUAUUCUGCUCCAUAAUACAACUCUCAGCUGCUCCUGUACCUCAAGCAAUCAGGUGUACGUUAUCCUCUGUGGACCAGCCCCUAAAGGAGAGACAGCAGAAGGUUUUGCCACAUUCCAGUGUGUUCUAGCGUUCCUGUGGUCCAGCAUCUUCAGUCCUCCUUGGUUCUCUCCAGGAUUCCAGAAUCAUCCUCAUCGUGGUCAGAGUUUGUUCCAUGGGACAAUCGGGGUCCAUCCCUUGGACAGGCAGGGUUUGUGCCUAGGACAAGCAGACAGACGAUACAGGAUGGGGAGGGCGUGAAGAUUAGCCCAUUUUCUGAGCGGCCUCAGAAGUAUGCAAGAUUCUAUCACAUUUUGAAGGAAAGAAUAAUUAUAUACAUGGACAUAAAUGGAAGAAAACACCAAGAUCCAUCUUGGUACUGACUAUAUUGAAUAUUCUUAUUAAUGACCCUGGCACAAAAGGCUGUGCUGAGACCUCCUUAACUCUUCACACACUCCAGAGGGGAAGCAGAAAUCAGACGGGGAAAGGGGAGCGAGAGAGAAACGAGAGCUCACAGCUCCAUCUUGCAAACAACAAAAAGGAUUGUGCUAAAACGACGGAAGAGCAACCAAGCGGGAGCCAACACCGCAGCCCGUCACACAUUUGCCGCUGAGGAGAAAAGCCCCUCCCCAGCAAUGGAGAUGGCGGAGGCAGAAUUGCACAAGGAGAGGCUGCAAGCCAUAGCAGAAAAAAGGAAAAGGCAGACAGAAAUAGAAGGCAAGAGACAACAGCUUGAGGACCAGAUACUUCAACUACAGCAUUUCAAGUCAAAAGCGCUUCGAGAAAAAUGGCUGCUGCAGGGUAUUCCCGCUGGCUCAGCAGAAGAAGAAGAAGCCAGAAGGAGGCAGUCAGAAGAGGAUGAGCUCAAAGUGAAACAGCUUGAAGACAACAUCCACAGGCUGGAACAAGAAAUAGAGAAGCUAGAAAGUGAAGAAUCCCAGAUAUCUGCCAAAGAGCAAAUCAUCUUGGAGAAACUAAAGGAGACAGAGAAAUCCUUUGAGGACUUUCAAAAGAGCUUCUCACACCGGGAUGGUGAUGCAGUAAAUUACAUUUACUCCCAGAUCCCCGAACUCCCAGCCCUCUAUUCACGAACAGCAGAGCCAGUUCCUGGGUGGGACGGAUCCAGCAGGGUAACUGCUUUGUACGCCAUGGAAAUUAAUGUGGAGAAAGACAAACAGACCGGAGAGACCAAGAUUCUCUCUGCAUCACCUAUUGGCCCAGAGGGGACCCAUCAAAGAGGAUUCAAAGUCUAUGAUGAUGCUACCAAGGUAGUCUAUGAGAUUCACUCUGGAAGCACAGUGGUAGAAAAUGGAGUACAUAAAUUAAGCUCAAAGGAUGUAGAUGAACUUAUACAGAAAGCUGGACAAUCAAGUGUAAGAGGAGGAUAUGAAAUGACUCUGUCAGCCAGGAAUGUGAUAGCAGAUGGAAACCUUAGCCACGUGAAGGAACAAAUGCUCUUCAAAGAGGCAAAAUUAGAAAUGGUACAUAAACCUAGCAAGGGGAAUUCUGGGAACCCUCAACACCAAGCAAAAAUCUCUGGAGAUGAAGUCCCAGAGGCCAGCAUGGAUCAACCAGUGACAAUGAUUUUUAUGGGUUACCAAAACAUUGAUGAUGAAGAGGAGACAAAAAAAGUGCUGGGCUAUGAUGAAACUAUCAAGGCAGAACUGGUCCUCAUCGAUGAAGAUGAUGAAAAGUCCUUGCGUGAGAAGACCGUGACUGACGUAUCCACCAUGGAUGGAAAUGCAGCUGAACUGGUCUCCGGAAGGCCUGUGUCUGACACAACAGAGCCCUCCUCUCCAGAGGGGAAAGAAGAAAUUCUGCCCAUGGAACCAGUCCCAGGAGUGAAGGGAAUGGCUGUGUUGCCUAAGGAUGGAAGAGGAUCGUGCUCAUGUGAAAGCCCUGAAACAGCAGUGACUGGGAUGAAAUCAUCCAGAAUCCCUGAGGAUGACAUCAGGUUAAGAAAAGACAAAGACCGAAAUUGUGCCAAUAUCCCGGAGCCUGUUAGUGUACUUGCUACAAAGGAAGAGAAAAUGGAAAUUGAAGUCCCAGUCUCGGAACAUAAAAACAUCACUGUGGUGGCUUCAACACAUCCUGUAGACAAUGAAACCCACUUCUUUUCGCCUGUUGCCAGUCACAAUGGACUUAAGGACAGGCAUGAAUCCCUGGAUAGUGAAGUUGCUAAAGAGAUCAGAUAUCUAGAUGAAGUGCUGGAGGCCAACUGCUGUGAUUCUGCUGCAGAUAACACCUUCAAUGGGACAUGCUCCCCUGAGCCAAGUGCAAACAUUGUGGAUGCCUCUGGUCCACCUGUUCCUGUUAACAGUGAGUCAGUACCCAAUGAAAAGGACGUCAUAAUAGCUGGCAGGCAAGCAUCCCCAGUCAUUGAACUGAAUGAAACCAAUGUAAUGGCUGAGAAGCUGAAACCUAAUGGCCAUUCUUCAGAUGGACAGAAAGAGGAGCUUUGUGGCAAUCUAAAAAUGCCGGCGAGUCCAAGUUCUUCAACAAGUUCCAGAAGAUCCUCAAAGGAUGGAGAACUGACCUUAACUACUAUUAAGAAAGAGGCUAAGUUUGAACUGCGAGCCUUCCAGGAAGAAAAGAAGCCAUCCAAGCUCUUUGACAAUGAUAACGAGAAGGAGAAGUACAGUGUCCGGAAAGUGAGGCCAUCAGAGGAAAUUAUUGAACUUGAAAAGGAAAGAAGGGAGCUUAUUAAGAGCCAAGCGGUAAAGAAAAAUCCUGGCAUUGCGGCCAAAUGGUGGAACCCACCCCAAGAAAAGACACUGGAGGAGCAGUUAGAUGAAGAGCAUCUAGAGUCCCACAAGAAGUACAAGGAACGCAAGGAGAGGCAGCAGCAGCAAAGCACAACACCAACGUCACCAAAACAGGUGGCCUAUUCCUUUGUACCUCCAGAGCCAGGCUGUGUUAAAAAAGACGAUAUUGUCACAGAGCAGAUAGAUUUUUCGGCGGCCAGGAAACAGUUUCAGUUAAUGGAAAAUUCAGGUCAGUCUAACAGCCAGAUUGCACCAAAGAGAUCAGGGGCACCCAAAAUGUUCUCCAUCAAACCCUUCUACAAACCCAUUGGCCCAUCGCAAAUAGACAGGCCAACGGUUUCCAUGACAAGACCUGCUUCUGUCCCGCUUGAGAAUAAUGAUAUAACCAUUGUAAAAGCUCAGAAGGUCUCCUGUGUCUCAGAGGGUCAUCCUAUAAAUAUUCAAAGUAGUCCAACAGACCCAGUAAGAGAAUUGUCUUACGGUGAUACCUCAAAGACUGGACAGACCACAAAAUUAUGGGCAGACGACAGUGAAUUCAUGAGUGCGAGAGCAGUCUUUAUGGUGGUAAAGGACGAUGAGCCUGGCAUUUUAGAUCAGUUUUCGAGGUCGGUCAAUGUGUCUUCUCCUCCAGAGGAGCUGGACUCUGGUUUGGAUGAAUUGUCGGUGAGAUCUCAGGAUACCACAGUCUUGGAAACUCUUUCCAAUGAUUUCAGCAUGGAUAAUAUCAGUGACAGUGGUGCUUCUAAUGAGACUAUGAAUCCCCUCCAAGAAAACUCACUUGCAGAUUUCUCUCUACCACAGACCCCCCAAAUGGACACCCCCUCAGAGUGCCGGGUAGGUGUUUCCAAGUCAUUUAGUGACCACGGCUUUUACUCCCCUUCCUCUACAUUGCUAGACUCCAUGCUGGUUGAUGACCAGCUGGACUACCAUGCUGGCCUACUAGUUCAAAACGCAAUUCAACAAGCCAUAGCUGAGCAAGCUGACAAAACAGAGUCUAAACAAGCGACGGACAAAGCGGAGAGGAAGAACUCUAUCAAAGGCCAGGAAGAAGUCAGCACAGCACCGUGUUCUGUGAAGGAGCAGAGCACAACAUUUGAGCCACCUCAGGUGUCUUCUCCUGUUCAAGAAAAAAAGGACACAAUACCAAAGACUUCAAGAGAUGAAGACUCAGGACUCAGGGAAGGGAAGACUUCACAGCAAUCUUCUGUAUCCCCCACCAGCCAGCCAUUCAUUGUGGAGGAAAACAGGCAGGAGGUCAGCUAUUUUAGCAAGUACUCUGAGGCAGCUGAGCUUAGAAGCACUGCUUCCAUCUUGGCUACGCAAGAGCCCGAGGUGACCGUGGGUCCUUUUAAGCUAAGGUCAAGAAAACAGCGGACUUUGUCGAUGAUAGAAGAAGAGAUCAGAGCAGCCCAGGAACGAGAGGAGGAACUGAAGAGACAGAGGCAAGGUCUACAGAUGGCACAGAGUCCCAUCACAAAGAGCGCGCCUCCACUGCCCACCAGAACGGUGGCUUACAAAACUGCUCCAGGGAAGAUAGAGAAGAUCAGGCCUCCUCCAUCCCCGACAACAGAAGGUCCCCUCUCCCAGUCUGACUUACUGCCUGACGAGGCUGCAGGAUCCCAGAGGCCCAAGAAUUUGCUGCAGACCCUCAUGGAGGAUUAUGAAACACACAAAACUAAGAGGCGUGAGAGGAUGGAUGACAGCAGUUACACCUGUCAAUUACUGUCUAGCAAGGUUACUUCCGAGGUCCUUGAGGCUACCAGGGUGAAUCGCAGGAAGAGUGCCCUGGCACUGCGCUGGGAGGCUGGAAUUUACGCCAACCAGGAAGAGAAUGAAUAAUCCCCUUGCAAUAAAACGGGUGUUUCAGACCGAGGAACCAAACAAACAAACAAAAAAAAAGCAGCAUCAUUUAAUCCGAUAUUUAUUAAAGAUCCAACAAGCUCACUGAUCCACAGAGACAGGAUUGCGCCAUCUCCAGGCACCAUUAAGCGAAAGAGAAAAACCCACCCACAAAAUCCACACACACCCAAAAAAGAAUGAGAGGAUGUUAGGCGUGGACUGGUCAAGGAAGGGUGUCAUCGCCAUUGGCAGAAGCAGCAGCAGCAGACCCGUUGCAACAGAUCAGCAUGAGAGGCUGAAGGAGUUGGCAAAAACUUAAGGCAGGGCAAAUAUAUGUGCUUCCUUCUAACUGAAUUUCCAGCCCUGCUUUGUAUCAACGAGAGAGUUUGGCCCAGGGUAGCCUGUUGUGUCACCAGGCUUCCUUUGGACUUGCCUGUAGCUUCUCCAUCAUCGCACCUGCUGCAUUAAGAACGUUAAUGUUACUUUGGUUUACUCCAGAGAGCCAUAAAAUGCAAUGAUUUAUUGUUUUUGCUCUUAUUUGCAGGGGGGGGUGAAGAUCCCCCCCCCUUUCUCUUAAUUUUUCAUUUAAAAAUUGGAGGCUGUUAUUGCAAAUGUACAAUCCAUGUUUUGCAAUCAGAAUAUUUAAUAAAGUAUCCUGGUCUGUUGCAAACACAAUCUGUCAGUUUAGGAGAGAGCUGGGGGGAAUGCCAAGCCAAACGGAUAACCUUAGCUUUAGGAUCCUGUAUACUUGCAAUAUGAACUGGUCUCCAGUUUCUCAGUGCAUAUUUACAUAACUUUCUAAAUAUACAAUCUGUAUUUAGCGGGCAAUGCCUAUUUUUAUGAUGGGUGUGGGCAGAGGCAUAUGUACAAAAUGAAUAAAGGUUGAAUAACCUGAAUCAGAAAGGUAAGAGGGGAACACACUCAAAAAAAUGACAUUUAAUUUUUUCGGAGGCAAUAAUUUAAUCAAGCCAGAUGCUGGCACAAACAGAGGUAUGAAACAAAGGAAAAAAGUUAUGUCUUUAACUAUAUUUAUACAGAGUAAAAGGCCUUGGAGUUAAGGUAGAGUAUGCAGGUUUCCAGGAAAUAAAAAGUUAAAGAAAGUAAUAGAGAGUGUGUGUGAGAGAGAAGCAAGAAAAAAGAUUAUUUUUGCUGUUCAGUGUUUUCAGAGCUAAAAGCAAAAUAGAGAACCUUUAGUUUGUGCGUAGGCUUGGAAUCAGUGACGAAGGGUGUUGUGUGUCUGGGUGUGAGUGAGCACAUGUGUGUGAGGUUGGAAUCCUAGAAUGAACAAGAGCUAUGGGUGUACAGAUUUAUUUUCUCCAAAGCUGUUUGCCAGCUAUGGGGGUGAGUGAGAAUUUCUUUUUUAUGAAAAGAGAUAUAAAAUGGCACUGAGCUGAUGCAGUAUUUGUAAUAUUAAAAUUUGACCUGAUAUGGUAUUUGCAUGAAUCACAAUUGCGAAGUAUUGAGCAGUUUUGUAAGCUGACAUUUAGAAAAGAAAUGUGGUAUUUAUUCUUGUGCUUUGUAUUCAUACGUAGUAUAGAGGCUGCCAGGUUUACUCUUUCUUUUCAUGCAAAGCAAUACAAUACGUAUUUUACAACCGGGAACCAUAAUUUCUGGACUAGAAAUUACCAAGUUUAGGAGACAUAUACAUGUAUGUAUUGUUUUUAUACACCUAAAAUUAUUAUUUUAACUUCUUUUUAAAUCAGCCAAGAGGCUGACGCUCCCCGAAAUCCCUCUUCUGUUUUCAUACUGCUCUGUGACCUGACAUGGUGUUUUAGUCCGAGGCUCACCUAAAAUGGCUUUAGAUACUGUGAACAUUAUUCUGGUGCUUUUAUUGGGCAAACAGAGAGCCUGCAACCAAAACAACUUAUUGUUUUUAAUUUCUUUCCAGCCUGUGGUUUGACACACAUCUCACAGGUUCCUUUACACGGUCAAAGAUUUUGAAGCCCGUGUUCAGGGAUUGUAGUAAAAGUGGCAAUAAGCAUUCAUUAAACCUGUUCUGUGAAUUACCUAUUAACAAAAGAAAACUCUUUUGAACUGGGCAAUGUCUUGUAUUGAUUUCUUUAAAGUGUGUCAUACUUAAGAGUAUACACACAUACAAAUAGACCAGCUGUAAAUGCCAAUCUAGUCAAUUCGGACCCAGUUCAAUAAAGGUGUGUUAGUGUUACCAGUAGACUAUAGGAAGUAUAAUUCCACACGCUCAGCAGUCUGUUGCUCAGCUGAUGAGCAGGUAUUGUGUGUAGUAACACUUACAGGAGUUGCACACCCGUAUUGAGAGGGGGUUUGGAUCCCUCUUAGUUUGAGGAGAACAGAGAUGAAUCUUGGAAAGCACUUCUCUAGCAAUAUUACAUGUAUCAAGCUGUAUGUCAUAAGUGGCUCAUUACUGAGAAAUGGUCUUACAUCAAGGCACGUACAUUUGAACUUCUCACUGCAGUGGUUGGAUUCUUACAGCUUUUGCUCCCUUUGAAAUGAAUUUGCUUCUCCCUCUGCAUGGUUGCCACCUAGGGUUGAGGGCAUUGUCAGGAGUUCCUGGCUCUCUCUUACCUUUUAAGAAACAUGCAUCUGUUGUUUUCUUGGGGGAUUAUUUUUUGUAAGUAAAAAAUAAAUAACUAAAUAAAACAUUGGAUGUCACUUCUUCAGCUUUAUAUUGCUUGUCACGGGGCAUCUCCUGCUUUGUGUGCUCCUUCCGCCCCCAACUCCUGCUGUGAAAAUAAAGUCAAUCGCCUAUAAAACCAGUGUGGUUUUGCCAUCUUGGAAUCCUUUGUGCUGGGAUGGAAUCUAAGCAGCAUUUUCACAUAUCCUGCAAUAAAAAAAUGUUUGCAUGUACCAGUCGAGUAUAGCUAACCUCUACCACCCACCCCUUUCUCUUCCAGAAAUUAUGGAAGCAAAAUCAUUCUUGUCAGCAGCACAUGGUUCGGUGCUAUGAUAACUUAAAUGCUAUGCAGUUUACUUGCCUCUUUAUUUCAGUUGCAUGCUACCAAGCAUAUAGGUCUAUAAAUAUAGGCAGGCAUACAUCUCUAUAUAUAAAUAAAUCAAAUGCAACAAAGGAACACUACUGCCAAAUUAACUUGGUCUCCACAAAAGAAAUGAUAAAAAAACCUUUUCUGUGACAAAGACUGGUUUUAGUGCAAGUGUGUAAUGAAAAAUAGUUAAGCAUUAGAAUUGUAACUGUCCAGUUUUUGGUUACAAAUGCAGGUUUCCUGAGUUGCAGCUUUUUGAAACAACAAGAAGUUUUGGCUUCAUCUUGUUCCUUAUCCAGAUUAUGAGACAGUAAAAACAAAAACAGUGAUUUGUUUUACAGCCAAAAGGUGGCGCUGUUGUCGUGUUUUAUCAACCAAUCUGACCAGCCCUGGUUUUCUGUAUACAUUAACCACUUAAAUGUUAUUCUGCUUUUGUUUCCUGGUGACUGUGAGGCAUACAAUGCAAGUAUAUUGUUAUUUUCUCAUUAAAACAGAAAACUGUGUUGAGUUUCUA